CUGUGUCCGCCGUGUCCGGUAGUAGUAAGUAAACGUCAAAACAAAAUCCCAAAAUUUUGUUCUACUAUUUUUUAUUUUCUUAAAUAUUUACUGGGGCUUUAUCGCAUUUGUUGGAAGUUGAUCGCAGCUGUGAUUAUGAAAUGUGUAUAAUAUUUGUUUGUGAUAAUUGGAAAUCAGUUCGGAGCUAUCGCAUUGUUAUUUUGGGUGAACUAUUUUUGUCCGCUCUAGUUUCGGUGCAUUGGAAUAAAUUUUGACAUCCAGGAAAAGAAUGUUCUUCCUGUACGUUGACCCCUGACCUGUCCAACUGUGAUGGUGAUGUCGUGUUCCGGGAUGGGCGACGCGGUGCUGCGGGAGCGGCUGCCCACGUUAUGGCGCCGCAUCGAAGACGCGCACUACAGCUACCUCGAGACGGAUGACAGCCCUGAUAAGUUGCAGCAGAAGAAGAAGCUUGAAGAUUACAUAAUAGAGUACCUAUCAUUAGUGCCUCACGAGUGCAAGUUCGGGCUAUCGGAGACCGGCAAAGUGUUCCAAAGGACGUUAAACGAGUUGCCCGAGUUCAGUGCGUACCGCGCCGGGCUGGGCUGGGCGGCGCUGGCGAGGUAUGCCGCCAACUUGCUGGCCCAACCUUGGAGGAAGGAGUAUAAGGUUAUACGGCUAUACUGCGGGUACUUCAAACACGAAGUGGAAGCCAAUAUGGUGGGUGCAGAAACUCUCCUGCAUGCCAUGGGCUACAAAUCCAUGGGAGCUGGUCGGUUGGAGCUCGACGGACCCAUAUGUCCCGAUAUGGUAGCCGCCGUGUCGAGGGAUGCUCUCAUCGCGCAGUGUGAAUGUCAGAUAAUGUCUCAGAUGUGGGAGGAGGCGUGGUCGCGCGGCUGGCGGCUGUCGUGGCGCGACGUGCAGCGCGAGCGAGCCGCCGCGCCUGCUAGGAAGCAUUGCGAGUAUUCUGACGGUUCAGAAAUAUACUCGAACAUACCAACGACGGUUGCCGACGCCUACCGAAGCCGUCUUACCGACGACCGAUACCCGACACAACACUGCAACCACGUGUGCGACGAUACCUCCCCAGAGCCCCCGCAGUUGUUACCCUGCUCCCCCUACAUGGUUCCCCCCAUGUUACCCCAUAUGAUGUACCCCUUACCCCAACACGUGCACCCCGACGUACCCGUAACACUCCCUCAAUGUAACACUAUACCUGUAAUGACUCCCUACGGUGUCCCUUACUACUACCCUGUACAAUCCCCCUACAUGCUUCCAACCCCAGUCUACGCCCCCAUAAAGCACGCAGCCACAGUCCCCGUUAACGGUUACCCACCGAUGGCACAGUACAGGUACCCCGCUGUCCCUACCGCGCAACUCAUCGAACUAGACACCCCCUCAGUUUACGAGAACGGUAAAUUCGAAAGGUAUAAAGACGACGAAAGGAGUCACAAGAAGAGACAUCCAGAAACUUCUAGAAGAAAUAGCACGUCCAAGUCUGGAUUAAGUGACGUUUCAUUGCCCAGUUUACCACGGUCAGAUACGCAACCAGCGCUCAGUAAGGCGAAGGAAGACGGCAUGGGGACUUACGAGAGCUGGGAUUAUGUAUUUAGGAAUUUAUCGAGCAAAGACCAAGAGGGGGACGGACGGAGUCGAUUCUCGCCGUCACUCGACAGGGAUUCGAGGACGCUCGACAGGCUAGACAGAGAGGAGAGGAGGGCCAAGUACCAGCCGACCACCCUGGACUUAGAGGACGGUCUACAAGCGUUGAACCUCGACCGCUCUUACGAUGAGGAAGUCUACCGAACAGCUAAAGUGGAGAACUUGAUGAGGAUGAAACAGGAACAAGAAGUAAAGAGAGCGAGACAAUUGGCGAGGAAGCAAUCCGAUGGGAAAGUGAAAAAGCCAGAACCUAUAGGGAACCCAAAAGCCGAUGCCUUGAUAACCCCCAAAGUGGCACCGGAUAAGGUGAAACUUCUUUCCAAGAAGGAUAUCAAAGAGAGAAAGGAGAUUAUAAAGCAGCAGAGCGCAGUAAACGGGGCGGGGCCUAAUACAGCUGAAGUUAAGAAAGUGAAAAAACCGCUAAAGUUUGUGGCCGUUGAGGCGGACAAGCCGAAAACAAAAGCUUUGGAGAAUGGGAUUCAUAAUAAUGCACACAGUUCCAAAAGUAAUCCAGUUCCAAACGCACACCCAUCGAACUACGACCUAAAAGCACAACUAAUAGUAUCACUGGACGAAACAGACCACGUGAGACGUUCACCACCGAAGUCGCAACAAAAUGGCGACCGCGACCGGCCCGCCAGUCGGACGCCCAGCCAACACAACAGCGAGCGGGACAGGCCUGACAGCGGGCCCAGUGACGUGAAGAGAGACAAGUGGGAGUGUGGAACAUGCACGUAUUUGAAUAGGGGGAGCAUGCAGGCGUGUGAGAUGUGCGGUAAGUCGAAACGAGGGCCUGAGAUUCAGCCGCUGCGGUCCGGCGGCCGCGAGUGCCCCGCCUGCACGCUGGUCAACGAGCGAGACGCAAAGGUGUGCGACGCAUGCGGCACCAGUCUAGAACAUUGCCCCACCUACAUAUAAAAAACCUACCGUCUCGAGACGUCAUCGAAACUUUCGGGUUGCCAACUUACAUCUAAUCAUUAUUUAGUAUUAUUUUAAUUAUCUUGUUACUGUUAUAAUAUGAAUGCACAAUUUUUCUUUUUCUACAAUUUAUUAUUAUUAUUUGCAGCUAGCUGCAGUUUGUAGUUUAUUUAAAUUAUGAAUGUUUGUACACAUUGAAAAUGUGUUAUUGUGCAGCUAGAAGUAUUAUGAAGUAUUCGAUUCAGUUCUUCAUAUUUAUGAGUAUAUUUACAAAUCAUAAUGGUUCCUUAUACAUAAUUGGUUAUUAAUUGUCAGAUUGAAAUAUGGAUGUUACAAUGUGCGCGUUGAAUAUUUUACCAUUUGAUUGUAAAAUUAGAUUUAACGUUGCCACUGGCAAUUGUUUAUGAAUUUGAAAUUAUUGUUUGUGACUUAAAUUAAACUGAGUUUAAACAAUAGUUAGAAGUGUGGCCAUGGAAUAAGCGACCACAAGAAAGAUGGGCAGCCUAAUUUAUUUCUGUGCUGCUGCUUACUUUGAAAUUAGAAUGUGUUUUGAACUCAGAUAUUGCAUUUUUUACAUAUUAUUUGUUGCCUGUGACUAACAUUUUGUUGUUUGAAAUUUAAUAUAACUGUUUAAAAUAAUAUCACUGUUAAGAAAAAUAUAUAGCAAUAAUUAGUAAUUUAGAUGUAGCACAUAUUUAUUGAGUGAUAAUGAUGGUCGUAGUUUAUGGACUAAACGACUUCCUUUAAAUUAAUUUAAUUAAUUGACGCUUGUUUCAUGGCCGUUAAAAUAACAUAAAAUAUAAUUAUUGCUCAUAAUCAUUGUUUAACUAACAGAUGUAUCUAAUACAAGUUAUUAAUAUAAACAAAUCUUUAUGUGACGUAGCUGUUACUAAAUUAUGUUGGAUGAUAUCGCUUGACGACAGGGUAACGUUGAAUGAAUGUAAGCUGUUGAUUAUGUACCACUUGCACUGGUUACGUUUGACAAGAUGGCGGCGCCGAGGAUAGCUCGACUCUUAAUCAUUAUGAUUGUAAUAAUAGUGUUCGUUUAUUCGCCUUCUAUAAUGCUUUAAUGUUAGUUGAGAUAGAUAAAAAACGCUUUUUCGAUUUAUUAUUACAUAUAAUAUAAAUUAUUGAUCUGUGUAUAUAAUUGUUAGAGUUGUAAAUAGUAGGAUUUAAAUGAAUAUUUAUUUAGAUGUUUGGAGUUUUUAUUUAUUUUGGACAGAAGUUAGUUUUAAAUCAUAGUGAUACAUACUAAUAAUGGGAAAUUAUAACAUCAUUAUGAGGGUGCGUUUGUUAUAAAGUAAUAAAUAUAAUGUAAUUUUAUGAUCACAGUCUAAUUAAUAUGCACAGUGUAACGAUAAAAAAUAUAAAUUAUACCAUUACGAUGAAGAAAGGCGCAACUGCAAAUAUUGAAAAAUUUUAUCACUAUAGUUUGUAGUUUAAAAAUUGGGAGUGGUAUUUAUAGAAAAUAGAGUAUCAUUUGCACAUACGCCUUUCUUCAGAAUGGUGGCGCGAUCGUCAUAGAUUAGGCGUUUAAAGCACUGAGGACGUGUAUUUUUCUAUAAUAAAACAGAAUUAGAUUUUCUCAUACGUGAUAGAUUUAUAUAAAGAAAAUAUUGUGCUUGAUUUUCAGUUGCCUUUAGUUGUUCGAAUGAGACACGUAACGUCGAAAAUUAUGACAAAUGCGAAUAGACGACAUGUAAUACAAUGAAAAAAUAAAUACUAUUGUUUUAUGA